AUGAUAAAUUUACGGAUUUUUCAGGCACGAGGAUCAAAUUUUUCUGUUCUUGCAAUUGUAACUAUUGUGCUUGGACAGGAAUACUAUACUCGACAAGUAGUUGCUUCAUUUUUUCAAAUGUUAUGGGGACUACGUCUUGGAGGUGGGCUCGAUUCCCGAUUUAACGGUUUAAGAGAAAAAUUCCUUCCUUUUCUCGGAUUUUGGGUACUGUCGAUGACAUGGGUAUGGGUCUGUUCGUUACCAUUGACUUUUUUGAACUCUCCUCGUGUGAGUGAUCCUUCGUAUGGAGGACAUGAUGUAAUGUUCGGAACGGGAAGCGACAUUUUUGGAGUCAUUUUCUUUGUAACUGGAUUGUUAAUUGAGUCUGUUGCUGAUUGGUCAAAAGCAACAUCACUUAUAGCUACAAUUUCGGUUGCGGCGAACCUCUUCUUUGGAAUAUAUUACAACCGGUUUAUGGGGAUGGAGUCGUCAUCCAAAUUACUUUGGAGAAAUUUUACUUUAUUGCUCUUCGUUACGGGCCUACCAAUGACAGAAAUCCCAACACAGAAAAAACAAUACACAUUAGGCCACGAAAACGUGUAUUUUGUGUAUCGUGAGCAAACCAGUAUCUUGAUUCCAAUGCCACCGGUUCUGUAUAAGAAAUUUCCAGAUUGGGUGAAACGAACGAUUCUUUUGGAUUUCCCGCUUUACAAGCAUCAUCCGAAACAAAGACCUGGUGUUCUAAGUCCUCAAGGUACUCUGCCUCAUGAUAACAGUGAUGUUCAAGGGGAUAAUACUCGGUCGGAGGAAGUGUGA